AUGAUAAAUGUUUUAAAUAAUCAGCAUAAUUGUAGAAAGAACCAAUUAGGGAGACCUAUAAUGUUUGAAGAGGGAGAUGAUGAAUUUAUUUAUUUUAAAAAUUAUAAAAAUACUAAAAGGAUACCAAUUGCUAUUUAUGCAGACUUCGAAUGUAUUUUAACUCCUAAAAAACCUAAUGAAUACAUUCAGAGUUGUGAAAAAAAAACACAUGUUACACAUUUGCAUGAAAUUAUGAGCUAUGGGUUUUAUGUAAAAGUCAACUAUGAUAUUAUACCAAAAGAGCUAGUAAAACAGUUUAAAAUUCCUAGAAAGGUGAUAAUUUAUAGAGGUGAAAAUGCAGCUAAAAAAUUUAUGGAAAAUAUGAUUAAUAUCGGAAAUAAUAUCAAAACACUUUACGAAACUAAUACACCAAUGAAUAAAUGA